AUAAAAGGUGGCUAUGCAACACGGUCGCGGCAGAUUGUGAUAUAUCGCUCCUCAGUCUGUCUACGGUGGAGAAUGGAUAAGCGGCCGAGUUCCGCACAGUCCAGCGCUGAAACUCCUGACAGUCCAACAGGGGCUCAUGUUGAAUGGUGCAAACAGCUGAUUGCAGCCACAAUGUCAAGUCAGAUCUCUGGAUCCAUCAGCUCAGACAUGAUCUCCAGAGAGUGCAAGGACUGUGAUGUGGAGGUUAAAGGAUUUCUCUUGGACAGUGACCCUCAGCAGACUGCCCCCUCUUCGGCACUCAGAGAAGGAAAUAAGCAAGCUCAGAUGGAGGAGGCUCCUUGUGUACUUGGAGAAACAAUCAAGGCUAUUGUCAAAGAUGUGAUGUAUAUCUGUCCAUUUUCUGGGGUUGUGCGGGGGACUCUAACCAUCACUGACUACAAGCUCUACUUUAAGAGUCUUGCUCGGGAUCCUCCAUUUGUGUUGGAUGUGAAUCUCGGAGCAGUGAGCCGACUGGAGUCCAUCGCUGUUCAGAGUCACGGAGAAAACACUCAAGGACUAGAGAUAGUGUGCAAGGACUUGAGAAACCCCCGGUUUGCCUACAAAAAGGAAGGGCAGAGCAAUUUGGAAGUGUUUGAAAUAAUGUCAAAGUAUGCUUUCCCUCUCUCCCACAACCUGCCUCUCUUUGCCUUUAAGUACAGAGAGAGGUUUCCAGAAGAUGGCUGGAAAAUCUACGACCCAGUUGCAGAGUACAAGCGACAGGGUCUACCAAAUGAGAGUUGGAUCAUCAGUAAAGUAAACAGCAGUUAUGAAGUGUGUGAGACAUAUCCAGCCUUGCUCGUCCUGCCUUCAAACGUCACAGAGGAUGAACUGAAGAGAGUGGCGUCCUUCAGGGCCAAACGUCGUUUCCCUGUGCUGUCCUGGAUUCAUCCAGAGAGUCAGGCGGCUAUAGUUCGCUGUGGUCAGCCUCAAGUGGGUCCAUCAGACCGCCGUUGCAGGGAGGAUGAACGCUACCUGCAGACUAUACUCGAUGCCAAUGCCCAGUCUCACAAGCUAUGUAUCUUUGAUGCUCGCCAGAGCACUGUGGCUGACACCAACAAAGCCAAAGAUGGAGGAUACGAGAAUGAGAGUUUCUACAUCAACGUAGAACUGAACUUUCUGGAGAUCCCCAACAUUCAUGUGAUGAGGGAAUCACUGAGGAAACUGAAGGAGGUGGUAUAUCCUGCCAUUGACCAACAACACUGGUUCUCUUCUGUUGGCUCUACGCACUGGCUGGAAUACAUCAGGCUCUUGCUAGCAGGUGCAGUGCGUAUUGCAGACCGAAUCGAGUCAGGUAAGACAUCAGUGGUGGUGCACUGUAGUGACGGCUGGGACCGCACCGCUCAGCUUACGUCUCUGGCCAUGUUGAUGCUGGACGCCCACUUUCGCUCACUCAGGGGCUUCCAGGUGCUGCUGGAGAAGGAGUGGCUGAGCUUCGGACACCGCUUUGCCUCGCGUGUGGGACAUGGAGAUGGGAAUCAUGCAAACUCUGAGCGCUCCCCUCUCUUUGUGCAGUUCAUAGACUGUGUCUGGCAAAUGACCCGACAGUUUCCCUCUGCGUUUGAAUUCAACGAGUUGUUUCUCAUCACUGUUCUUGAUCACCUGUACAGUUGCCUCUUUGGGACAUUUCUCUUUAACAGUGAGCAGGAGCGAGUGUUAAAGGAGGUGUACAAUAAGACAGUGUCUCUGUGGUCAUAUGUGAACAGUCAGGUGGAGGAAUUUACCAACCCGUUAUACGUGAACUACGAGCACCAUGUUUUGUAUCCAGUGGCCAGUCUGAGACAUCUAGAGUUGUGGGUCAGUUAUUACGUGCGCUGGAACCCUCGCAUGAGGCCACAGGUUCCUGUUCAUCAAAGUCUGAAGGAGUUGUUGGUUUUGAAAUCAGAGCUGCAGAAGAGAGUGGAGGAGCUGAAACGAGACGCAGCUUCGUCUCGUUCGCUUUCCUCUUCCUCAGAGCAUGAGCCCAUGCAGACCACUGUCUAAGCAUUGUAAAUUACUGGUCUUAUAAAUGACCAUACAUCUAGCAUUUGUUACUUUCUCUGUCAUCAGAGACGAAAAAAUAUAUUAAAGAUUGAUUAAAAAUGUGCGUGUGCAAAUGCAACCUUAAUGUGGUCAUUGGUGCCCCCUAAAGGCCAUAGAACCACUGGCUAAAUUGCACAACACUAUUGUUCAAAAUAAGAGACAUUUUUUGUUAAAUUAUGUGUUUUCUAUGCAUAAGUCUGUAUGGGAAGUUGGAUUUUAACACACGUAUCAUUGUUGAAAAAAGAACAUAUCUGAUUGCUUGGUUUUUAAUGUCAAUGGUUGGGUUCCCAGACAUGGCCUGUUCUAAAUUAUUUUGGUCAAAUUUUGCUAUUAACAAUAAGUAAAUAGUCUGUGUCAGGUACAGAAAUGAAUGGGGGCUGAUGCCCCUCAAAUUCAAAAUGUAAGUGCUCAAUAUUCCAUGUAAUAAAUUCCCUCUAUUUUAUAUAUCAAUUUUUUAUUUUGAUAUAUUUCCUUUUAUAGACUAGUAUUUAUAAGCCUAAUACAUAUCACAAAUAUGAGUUGAUGCCGAUUUAAAUAUAUAGGUAACAACCUUACUGAAAUAAUUAGGAAUUUAUUUUAAUAAAUUCAUUAGAUUUAAGUAUUUUACAUAAAAACACAACAGACAACUUAGUACCAAUGGACAAGUAACAUAGUUCAGAAUUAUGAAUACUGUACAAUUUGUGCAUAUAUUUGCCUUGUUUUACAUUAUAUUGUGAGCUACACAUUUCUGUUACACAUAACCAACAGCCUUCAAAUAAGCCAUUCUUAUUUAAAAACGUGUACAUUAUAAGAAUUACUGAAAUUUGCAUCAUGCAUACCAGUUAUUUUUACUCUUGAAGUUUUUCUCCUCUAAACGUGUUUAUAAUUCCAAUAUAAAAGUGACUAUACAUUCCAUAUGGAUAUUUAAAGCAUUUCACUAGCAUAGUAAGUAAAAUUUUUGAAUUUUUAAAAUGUUUUAUACCAAAUUUUUCUAGUAUUUUCAAGCCUAAUUCUAGGAUUAGAUUUUUAAUACUUUUGUCUUAAUGUAUGUUAAACAAUGAGUUUUGUGGUUUAAAAAAUAACCAAAUAUCCUUCAAAAUUUGGUUUUCUAUCUGUUGCCCUUGA